CUAAAUUUUCAAUCAUAUUUGACUUAUCAAUUACUGUUUUAAAGUUAUUGGAAAUGAGUUUAAUAUUUUGUAAAAUAUUUUACUUUUAUAAACUUCAUGUAAACAUCGAGUAUGAAGGUUUUCUAGCUACUUUUAAAGGAGUUUACAUAUUCAUAUCUUUUAACCAUUUUAAACAACAACCUUGAUCAUAUCCAUCGUAAAUUUAUGAUAUACUACUAUAGACAUAUCUUUAAAUACAUAUUAACCAAUUAUAACAAAAGAAUUUUUUUAUAUCAACUAUACCUCUAGUUAUGGUUGCCUCCGUGCUUUGUAGUCGAAAGGCGAUCACCUACAACGCCAUUACAAGUAACAAUAAGUCUAAUAAGUAGUGUGAGCUGAUGUUGAAUAAAAAGAUGUAAAUUAUCAAGGAAAAAGUGAAUGAAUAAACCCAUAUUUUAGAGUUAAAUCAGAAAGACUUAUUACAUGAUGCAACGACCAAAAGCAUGGCAAAAAAUCAAUGUUCAAGAAGACGUUGGGCGCCACCUAGGCGAGGAGGCACCGCCCAGCGCCCAGGUCGAUUAGUCGUUGCCUAGGCGAGAUUAAACGUCGAAAAAAAUAUGAUAAAUAUGUAAGUUUAGAGUGCAAGAUCAAACAUAACAUUCAUAAGUUCACUAAUUUGCAGCCCCUGUCAAAUGCCAAUUCUUAUUCUCUUUAUCAUCUAAAGCCUAAAGAUGAAAAGAAGCUCUCUGAUCACUGGCGAUGCUCUCUUCGCAAUCCGAGGACAGGGGAGGAAAUGAUGCUCUCUUCACAAUCCGAAGACGAGAACCCAUUAUUGUUGGAGUAGAUUCCUCUUCUGGGUUCGUCUUCAAUCGAAAGAGAAAGAAGAGUUAGUACCUUCAAUGCUACAGACCGACGGCGAGGACGAGUCACGGCUGGGCACUAGCGAUGCUGGAGACCGACGGCGAGGAUGAGUCACGACUGGGCACUGGCGAUGGUGGAGACCGACGGCGAGGACGAGUCGCGAUUGGCUAUGGUGGAGACCGAAGGCGCGCGAUUCUGGAGACUGGCGGAGAGGACGCUGCAGCCGGCGACGAAGCCCCCUGCUUAAGGCGGUCGACUAUUGGAGACGGCUGGAGCGGUCGACUGUUGGAGAGAAGGGAGAGAGGCGGUAGACUGUGGGUGCUGCUCAGCUGAUCGAAGAACCCCAUUAGGGUUUUCCCCUAUUCGGCCCAUCCAAAACGCACAGCGUGGUCUUUUUUUUCUUUUCUUCUGGGCGUCGCCUAGAGCUUGGAAUCGCCGAUCCAAGCUAUUAUUCGCCGCCUAGGCGUUCUUCAACUCGAUUCCGCGUUUAUUGCGCCCAGCCACUUUGCCCAGGCUUCCUCUCCACGUUUCCUCCUCGCCUAGCUACUAAACGCGCCUAGGCGAGUGUUCUUGAACACUGCAAAAAAUGCAACUGAGAAAUAAGUCGUCUUCAUUUGUCCUCUUACAAACACCAAUUGUAAUGGAUGUUUAUCUUCUUCUAAUUGUCUCCCUUAGCUUCAAGCAAGAACCUUUUAAUUUGUUGUUUGGUAGACUGUUGCAGUCGCGAUUAGUGUUAUAAAUACUACCCAUUUCUCCGUAUAUAUGGCAAGAAACUUAAUAUGCUUAUUUUAAUUCCUAAUUAUGAAAAUGGAAUAUACAUUAAUAAAAAAAGAAACGUAUAAGAAAUUAUGAGUCUAUAU